AUGAGCUUGAGUUAUCCAUCUUUGAAUACUUUGGAAGAUGCCCAAGAUUGGUCUUACGUUGGAGAAGGAAAUCAGAAUAUCGUAGUACGAUAUAUUGGCAGUAACGUCAUUUUUAGAAGAAAAGUUCUUCGCAUCGCGAAAACACACCAUAAUCCUCAUGAUUCCGUUGAUGAUGCAGAUGUUAUAUUCCAGUUAAAGUUCAUAGAGGAUGUAAUUAAGCCUUUGAUUGGAAAUGAGUAUGUCAUACACAUGGUACCUGUGAAAACUACUGAAACAUUUUUGGCUGCCUUAGCUCAACGCAUUGAACAAUAUCGACCUGCUCACCGCUUGAAAGGUCAAAUUUUAGUAAGAGCACCCACUUCAUUUCUAAUGCAAGACCUGACACAGCUAUGGACAAGGCCAACUCUUCCGACAAUAAAGGAUGCCCAAAUCAAUCCUGAAAUUACCAAGAAUACCGACGCUUUCACAAUUGAGCUGAAGCCAAAAUGGGGUUUCAAGCCAUCCGCUUCCAAUAUUCACAGCAUAAAAACGAAAUACUGUCGAUUUUGUAUGCAUGCUCACAUGAGAAAAUUCGACAUACAUGCUUAUUGCCCGUUGGACCUUUACUCAAACGACCAGAAAAGGCUAAAGAAGGCAUUAGAUGCAUUAUUAGAUCAACCUAUAUUACGCCAAAAAACGCUCAAGAUUACGCCGCAACAAUCGAAUUUUGAAAGAGACAAGCUGCAGGAUAUACUAUUAAACAUACUCUUAAAAGAUCCGAUUCUAUGCAAAUUGAAAAAUUUACAGAAAAAAUUAGACUCCGUAGAUAUCGAAAAUAUCAUCAAGUUGUAUAAGCCAGGAAUAACAAUAGGCAAUGAUAUCAGACCUUGGAAAGUUGCGAUAGCUAACUAUAUUAAUCGUCAGAGCACCGAAAAUUCAGUAGAAGAAAAGCUAUAUAAAUAUGUGUUAUCCAUGACUUUCAAGGAUUGCUCCAUCAUGAUCAAUGUGGCAACUACGACACAAGCAGACAUAGAAGAAAACAGUGAAGUCAAAUACGUUACGAUUGGCACGGGUAACUUGUAUAAGUAUGAUGUCAAGCUGAUCGAUAUAGAUUUAAAGAAAAUAGAAAAAAUACCUCAUUGGUACGAGCUAGACAAAUCUAUUGUACAGUAUGCGGUGGACACAAAGUUCAGUAAAAAAAGUCCAUGUGAAGAGUGA